AUGGACUCUGCAGACGGCAAUCCCAAUGCACAGGACGUCCCAGACGUCCAACACGCGCCCCUCGGGUGCUUAACGGAUUCCUGCCUCCUAUUCGCGGAAGUCAAGACAUUGACGGUGAAGUGCUAUCAGCCAGCCUUCUGGCUGAACGUGCAAGCGGUCCAGCUGAGACAGCUGGCCAUCUACUGCAACCGGAUCGGGAGGUAUGUUCUCUGGAGUUCUGAGAGCAGUCCAGACACUGCCCACUGCAGUGGAGAACUUGAUGGCUAUGUCUACGACUGGAAGAUGGGUUCCUACAACCCCGUUGUUGGAUGCUGCUACUUUGAUGAGAAUGCGGCAACUUCAGGAAAGCGCUCCGUUGCUUUACCCGGAGGCGUCGCCACUGCCACCGGCUCCGAGACCGGAGUCCACUUCAUCGAGUGCAAGAACUGUGGGAGUAAGGCUCAUAAGGGGCCAGACUGCACUGCUGGGACGAAGCAAGGUGAAUCUCCGAAGGCAAGGGCUAAGGCGAAGGCUCCAGGAUCCCAGAGGGGUGUAGCCGACACGUCGCAGGCACCACCGGCGGAUGUGAAUCAGCAACAUAUCAAGAGUAUGUUGGCGGACGCAGCGAUGAUCCUUCAACAGGUAAUGCCGAAUAAGGAGCAGGGUGCUGGGGCGUCUUCGUCAACCGUUCAGGCAGUUCCCAUUGCAGGUGCCCCGACGCAAGCCGAUCCCGUACAAGGGACCCCAGUGUCUCUAGCUUCCAUCCAGGCUCAAAUUGAGAGCCUUAAGGCGGCUGCUAGAGAUCACGAGGCGAAGGCAAGCAUAAGAAUGGUUGAGCCUGACACUAGGAUCAUUAAGGCAGUGGCACUGUUGGAUUCUGGCGCAACGCACGCAGUGUCCCUUAUCGCGAAAGCGUCACCAAUCUUGAAAGGGUUCCCGUAA